ACCCCUAGCAUCUAGAUGCUAGCCCCCGGAGAUUUUAGAAUAUCAAAAGAUACCUAAUGUUUAGACACCACCCAAUACCCUAUGUUUGAACCAAAUGGCGGGUGUUUGAACCACAUGCCUUAGGCUUCAAAGAUAACUUUGAUGCGGUUUUAGCGCGAAAAAAUACGACACCACGCGAGUCAUACGGCUACAAAAGCUAAGCAAAACAGGUCCCCCCUGUUAGCUUCGUUUUCGCGCAUUUACCCUACAGCAUUCCCCCAGGAAUAGUUAUCGGACGGACCCCGUUAAAAAAGAUCAUCUGGUAAAAACCCUCCUCAUGGAUAUUUCUCAAGAUUCUCAAACCUUCACUCAGAUUCUCCGAGAUAUAACUGAACUCGAACCGGCCGUAGGGUCUCCGGAACAAAUUGCUUACAUCCCAACGCCGACCCUGAAUUGUACGGAAAUACAUCCUAGAACGGGUGCCAUAGGGAGUCUACACGGUUUCUGUGAAGGAUAUGCAUACGAGACAAUUGUGCCCUACUCCCAGGAUGUAUUUACACACAAGCCGCAAACAGAGCCUUUAAACGGCCUGUCAACUCCCCUGACCCAGGACCGUUGGACGCCCCCUAUUAAACACCAACGGACAAUCAGGGCCCAGAUCCACAGGUCCGCUUCACCCGAACAAUACUACUGGGAGGGUAUUCACGAGACAGCGUUACAAGGACAAGGCUCACAAGCUACAGACCAGGCAGAUGCUAUAAUUAGGGUUGCCCAAAGACAUGUUCCCGAGUUCUUAGAGCUUCUUCAGAACAGCCCUCUUCAAAAAAGCCGAGACUCCUCGCCGGCUUAUAAAGACCUCCAAGAAGCUACACAUCUAGAUCCCGAGGAGGCGCCAAAGACCCCAGUCACCAGAACAGCGAAGCCUGAUGAUUUCAAAGUUUUAAAUGACAUUUCUGAGGUAGACGAUUUGAUGUUCUGUGAAGUGGCCAACCUUAUUGAAGCGGCCAAUUCUGGUGGGGCAAAAGCCUCUUGUGAAAUAGACCAAGCCGUGCUUUUCAAGGCUUUUACACAGGGUUUAAAAUCACGAAAGGCUUUACUUCAACGUCGUAUGGGUAUUCUAUUCGAACAUCAAUACAAUCAGGAUGUGUCAUUCUGGCGUAGAGAGCUUCCCCGCAUGUUAAACAACAGUAGGGUUAAAACAAGCAAAUACCUCCGUUAAAAAACACAUAUGUAAAAAAACACAAGCACACACAUCCUUAAGUAGAGAAAUGGCGCCCCCUAUAGACCUAAGCGAGACAAUUGAAACCCUCUUAGCGGAAAUCCCUACAGAGCUCCAAGAUAUAAUUAACCAUAUGAAUGAUUCUGGGCUAAUUGACAUAGGGGCUAUAGAUGAAAACCUAUUAUCCCAGAUUCCCUCCGAACUCAUUGAAAUUAUUACACGUAUGAAUGAGUCAGGGUCUGCAGAUGAAAACAGGUUAUCACAGAUACCCGAAUCACUCAUAUCUUUAAUUACCCAGAUGAACGAGAGCCCAAGGUUUAAUUCUGCACCCCCUACACCUCUAAGCCAUCCUUUAACACCCUUGUUCGAAGAGGAAACCCAAUACGAUGUUUUUGAACAGCUGAACAAAUGUCUAUCAAAUCUGGAGCGGGAAGGUCUUGAUCACAAUGUACAGAACGAAAGCCCUAGGUUUAAUUCUGCACCACCUACACCUCUAAGCCAGCCUUUAACACCCAUGUCUGAAGAGUCUGAAACCCAAUACGAUGUUUUUGAACAGUUGGACAAUUGUCUAGCAAAUCAGGAUGGGGAUGGUCUUGAUCGCAGUGAACAUGUUUUGUAUCGAAAUAAAUUCCACAAUAUUGAGGUUCGACAGUUUUUCAAUUUCGCAUGGGGGGGUCAGAUUCGGGAAUAUGCUGUGUUUUACGUAAUGCUUAUGGACACUUUGAAUGAACUGGUAGAUAGAGUUAGAGCUUAUAGCCAACCAAGGGAUACCUUACAGUUGGAAAUUUUUGGAGACAGUCUGCAGAGCCGUGUGUCGCUUAUUUUAAAUAGGGGUGAAGCAGAUCUUGAACAAUUUGUUAACCUGCUAGAACGCCUUGUUCAGUCAAAUUUAAACGUGCUAGCAGAUAGGACCCUCGAACUUGUAGUACAAUUAGUCCGGCCACCACAAGGGGGCGGCGGGCAGAGACGUAAACUCGAUAGCCUGAUGCAGUCCGAAAUCAUAAGCAAUAAAAAGGCCUACCUCAUAAUCGUUCACAAUCAUGGUAAUAAGCUAUGCUUUGCCAUAGGUUUGGCCCACUUACUCAGCCCAGGAUGUACAGAGCGCGAAGCGUUACAGAAAGCUCAAGAGCUACAAAAGGCUGUGGGUUUAGGUAUACAGGAGGCUGUGGCUUUCUCAGACAUAGGCAAAUUUGAAAACUUUCUGAAUAUCAAGAUUGUGGUUUUGUACCACAGCAGGGCUAAUGACGCUCUCUUGAAGUUCCAAAAUAUACAAGAGCCACACCCUAAGACUAUGUACUUUUAUGUGCAAAAUGAGCAUUACUAUGCCGUAACUAACAUCACAGCAUUUUUAGGCGCCCCAUAUGUCUGUCCAGCCUGUCAUACCGGCUACACCCGCAAGGGGGGGCACUCGUGCCGUUAUAACUGUUCAGUAUGUCUGGAUAAACAUUGCCCUAUGCAACCGCUAAACUUGACACCCUGUGAGGAUUGUCACCGCACAUGUCGUUCGGCCUACUGUUACGAAAAACACAAAACUGAAACAUGGCACCCCAAGGCCUGUAAAUCUGUAAGCAUUUGUGACAUUAACAAGAAAUGUCCAAAAUGUCAUUGCAAUUACAACCUUAAAAUAGACAGCCCUAAACCCCAUGUUUGUGGAAUCAUACAUUGCCCAAUCUGUAAAGGGCCCUUGAAAAGCAGAGACGCAGAAGUUGUUCAAGAAGUAACACAUGAGUGUUACAUUCAGCCCUUGGCUGAAGAUGAACAUACAGAGAAAUAUGUUUUUUAUGAUUUUGAGACAAAUCAGCAAUCAGGGGUUCACUUGCCUAUUUUUGUAUCUACCAUGACUUUCACCGGUGAAAAGUGGUCGGCCGAGGGGCCCGAUUGCGCCCGACUCUUUCUAAAACAUUUUAGAAAGGCCCAGUACAGAAACUUCACGUUUAUAGCACACAAUGCGCGAGCCUAUGACUCCUAUCUGCUUCUGAACCCUUUGAUACAGCAAGGCGUGGCGCCCAGUGUCAUUGCUCAAGGGAGUAAAAUCUUAUGUUUUGUUGACCACGCCUUCAAACAGAGAUACAUUGACAGCUUAAGCUUCUUACCCAUGAGAUUGGCUCAAAUGCCAGAGGCCUUGGGUUUUGAAAACUCGGUCAAAGGCUAUUUCCCCCACUUCUUCACAUCUGAGGAGAAUCUACAUUAUAUAGGAGCUUAUCCAGCCCCCGAAAUGUACGGUUGUGAUCAAAUGUCUACCAAAGAGCGUGAGAAAUUCAUGACGUGGUACGAGACAGUAAGACAUGGAACUUUUGAUUUUCAUAAAGAGAUGGAAUCAUACUGUGACAAUGACGUGGUUAUACUACGUGAAGGAUGCCUCAGAUUCAGAGAAGAGGUAAUCAAAGAUGCAGGCAUUGACCCCUGGAGCUGUACAACUAUUGCAUCCGCGUGCAUGAAAACCUAUCGUACACACUAUCUAACUCCAGCAUCUAUAGCGAUCCCAUCGCCAGACAACUACCGACGACAAUUCAAGGCCUACU